AUCUAUUAGACAAUUAGUUCAGGCACAGUGGGGUGUUGGCGUGUCCACCUAGGUAGACUACAUUCAACUGGUUCUGUCUGAAUCUUGAGAAACCUCAAUUUCCAAAAUUUCUUGUGUUUUAUGAAAGAGUGAAAAGAAAAAUGGGGAUGAAAGUAGCAUUGCCGUUCGUGGGGAUGGUAAUAGCAGAGUGUGCACAAGUUGGGCUUAUGAUAAUAAGCAAAGUAGCCAUGUCAAAAGGCAUGAGUAGUUUCAUCUUUGUCUGUUACUCUAAUGCUCUCGCUUCCCUCAUCCUUCUCCCUUCUUCUUUACUCCACCGCAGGACAGAGAGGCCUCCACUUACCUUCUCAAUUGUUUGUGGGUUCUUCUUGCUUGGUCUAUUUGGUUGCUUGGCACAGUUUUUUGGGUAUGCUGGGGUUAACCUUAGCUCUCCUACACUUGGUACUGCCAUGCUCAAUCUUGUUCCUGGUCUUACCUUUAUACUUGCUGUUGCUUUCAGGAUGGAAAAACUUGAUGGGAGAACUUCCAGUUCCCUAGCUAAGUCCAUGGGAACCAUAAUAUCAGUUGGAGGGGCUUUCAUUUUGACUUAUUACAAAGGUCCCCUGGUUUUACUGACACCUUCCUUGAACUCAUCUCACCAACUUCUCACGCAACCUUCAAAUUGGAUUAUUGGAGGAUUGCUACUUGCAGCUGAUUGUGUUAUGACUUCUGCAUGGAUCAUCAUACAGGCAUUGAUCCUCAAGAUAUAUCCAGCGGAGCUGAUCAUUGUCUUCUUUUACUGCUUCUUUGUGACCAUUCUGUCUGCAAUAGUUUGUUUGGUUGUUGAAAGAGACCCUUCUGCUUGGAGCUUAAUACCUAAUAUAAGAUUGGUUUCCGUUCUGUAUUCGGGAGUUUUUGGCUCCGCACUUCAAGUUGGAAUUUCAACAUGGUGCCUACGGCAGACAGGGCCUGUUUUUGUUUCUAUGUUCAAGCCCCUGGGCAUUAUCAUUGCAGCUGCAGUGGGCGUCAUCUGCUUAGGUGAUACCUUGUAUCUUGGGAGUUUGAUUGGAGCAGCAGUGAUUGUCAUCGGGUUCUAUGCUGUGAUGUGGGGAAAAUACGAAGAACAGAAGAUGGUUGUGGAUGAUGGAGCAAGGAGCACUCUGUCAAGCAGCCAAAAAGUCCCUCUACUUCAAAGCCAUGUUGAUGAAAUAUAGAAGUACAUUGUGCGCAAGCCAAAACAAGGUGUCUCCACUGCCAAAACAAUUGGUCUGGGUUCACCGGAUGGGUUAAAAAGUCAGGCUAAAGUGUGCAGGUUGUAUAUGCUGGUAAUAGGCUAAGGCCUAAGGAAGUCUUGCUUCAUUUCAACAUAAGAAAUGAGGAAGAAGUCCGCAAAAGGUAUACAAGUAUAGACAGAUAGUUUCUAUUUAUGUAGAGAUGGAAGGCACGUCCAAAGAUAUACAAGCAUAUGAGAAAGGCAACAUACAAGUGGUGAUAUGCAACCAAUAUAUUGAGACCCUUGGCCUCUAUGCUCUCUAUCGUUGGCCCCUUCUUUUACUGAUAUCAGAGGCAGUGUAUAAAGCCUGCAAGUUGGCGAGCAAUAAACCGAGAAGAACUGACAGCUAAGCUAAGAGUCAGCUUACUGUCAAUAGAAAAUAUUGAAAAUUCCACAUUUUUGGACGACUUGUAAUUAAAAUUACAUAUGAUUAUCUCAUCUAUUGACUCUAUCACCGGCAUGACCAACUUUAUCAUUAAAUUUAAUAUGAUACCGCAUUGGGUACAA